ACAAGUAUUUAAAAACGGCCGGAAAAAAUGGAGACGGAGGGAGUAUAUAUGUAUCAUUAAUCUUAUCUUCCUCAAACAUUUUCAUUUUUUGAAGCUCUUCACUUUUGCAAAUUAGCCGUAGGUCACCCCAUCCUUCUCUCUCCUCCGCUGAAGCGCAAUGCUUUGAAUUCUCCAUUAAAGCGCACACUCUAAAUUCACCAUCGAAGCAGCUUCUGAGAUUUCUCUCUCCUCCAUUAAAGCAGCUUCUGAGCAACAGUUGAAGAAAAAUAAUUAGCAAGAGAGAGGAAAGAUAGCCAUUGGAGAUGUCUCUUCCUUCUCUUUCAAGCGGUUGUUGUCACACUAAUGGUUGGAAUUCGUUGAGCUUUUUAUCUACUCUUCCUAAUUCCAAUUAUAAAAACUUUCUCUCUCCUCGUCGCAAGCUCAAUUACAGGAAAUUUCCUCUGACUUGUUCAGCUUCUGCUACCACUGAUCCACUCUUGGUUCAGGCUGCGAGAGGACAACCUGUUAGCCGCCCCCCAGCAUGGAUGAUGCGCCAGGCAGGAAGGUAUAUGGCUGUUUACAGAAAGCUCGCAGAGAAAUACCCAUCCUUUAGAGAGAGAUCAGAGACAACUGAUCUUAUUGUGAAAAUUUCCUUGCAGCCUUGGGAAGCAUUUCGCCCUGAUGGGGUUAUUAUAUUUUCUGACAUACUCACCCCUCUUCCUGCUUUUGGGGUUCCUUUUGACAUAGAAGAAGUCAGAGGCCCUGUCAUCCAGUCACCUAUUCGUGAUGAAGAUGCCUUGAAAACAUUGCAUCCAAUUGACUUGGAAAAACUUAAUUUUGUUGGUGAAUCUCUUAAAAUUUUGCGCCAUGAGGUUGGUGACAAGGCUGCCGUUCUGGGAUUUGUGGGUGCACCUUGGACUAUAGCAACAUAUAUAGUGGAAGGGGGUACUACCCGCACCUACACCAUAAUAAAAAGUAUGUGCCAUACAUCGCCUCAUGUUCUCGAGACUCUUCUGUCACACAUAACGGAGGCAAUUACUGAAUACGUAGUUUACCAAGUUAAGUCUGGAGCUCACUGUAUUCAAAUAUUUGAUUCAUGGGGUGGACAACUACCACCACAUAUGUGGGAACGCUGGUCUAAACCUUACAUUAAACAGAUAGUAGAUGCAGUGAGGAUAAAAUGCCCUGAAACACCACUUGUUUUCUACAUCAAUGGAAAUGGCGGUCUCCUUGAAAGGAUGAAAGAUACUGGAGUCAAUGUGAUUGGGCUGGACUGGACUGUAGAUAUGGCUGAUGGGAGGUCACGAUUGGGUCCAGAAACCAGUGUACAGGGGAAUGUUGACCCUGCUUGUUUAUUUUCUCCUCUUGCAGCCUUGACUGAUGAAAUCCAUAGAGUAGUGAAAUGUGCAGGGCCGAAGGGUCACAUCUUAAAUCUUGGUCAUGGCGUUCUUGUGGGAACACCAGAAGAAGCUGUUGCCCACUUCUUUGAUGUUGCAAAAAGCUUUAAGUUUGACUGAGUAUUAAUUUGAGGGAAAAAAAAUGAUUCAGCUUACUCGUAGUUAACAAUUUUUGGUAUGAGUCAACUGGUUUAUAGAGGGCUGUAUGUUUUUAGUUGUAUGAUGAAGUUUGCAGGCUGCAUAUCUUAAACUCUGACCAAGUGCUAUUUUGUAAAUGUAAUGCUGAGGAAUAAGCUGUUUGUAAUUGAGUUCCAGCUAAAUAGAACUGUUAUGUCAAAUUGUUGAGUCCGUCGUCAAAUGUUCCAUUUUUAUUCGAUUAGGGCUUCAAUCUGCCCCCUGUGUU